GGCGGCCGGGCGGACCGCGCCCCUCCGACGACAGCAGCCGCAGGACACCCGGGAGGGAGGCAUGAUGGAGCGGCCGGUGAGAGUGCGGACUUGGGUGGAGGAGAACCGAGCCUCCUUCCUGCCCCCGGUCUGCAACAAGCUCCUGCAUAAGGAGCAGCUCAAAGUCAUGUUCAUCGGCGGCCCUAACAUCAGGAAGGACUACCACAUCGAGGAGGGUGAGGAGGUGUUCUACCAGCUGCAGGGCGACAUGGUUCUCCAAGUCCUGGAGCGAGGGAAACACCGGGCUGUGGUCAUCCGGCAGGGAGAGAUAUUCCUCCUGCCCGCUGGGAUCCCCCACUCUCCACAGAGGUUUGCCAACACGGUGGGGCUGGUGAUUGAGCGGAGGCGGCUGAAAACCGAGCUGGAUGGGCUCAGGUACUACAUCGGAAACACCACGGACGUCCUGUUUGAGAAGUGGUUCUACUGCGAGGACCUCGGCACACAGCUGGCCCCCAUCAUCCAGGAGUUCUUCAGCUCUGAGCAACACAGGACAGGAAAGCCCAUCCCUGACCAGCUGCUCAUGGACACGCCGUUCCCCCUGAGCACACGAUCCGUCAUGGAGCCCAUGUCCUUGGAGGCCUGGCUGGCUGGCCACCGCAAGGAGCUACAGGGGGGCGCGUCCCUCAGCCUGUUUGGGGACACCUAUGAGACCCAGGUGAUCGUCCACGGACAAGGCAGGAGCAAAGACUGGAGGCAGGACGUGGACAUGUGGCUGUGGCAGCUGGAGGGCUCCUCGGUGGUGACCAUGGGGGGGCAGCCCCUGAGCCUGAGCCCCGACGACAGCCUCCUGGUGCCCGCCAGGACCGAGUACUCCUGGGAGCGAGGGCAAGGCUCUGUGGCCUUGGCUGUGAUGCAAGACCCCGCCCGCAAGAAGCCCCUGGGGUGACGGUCCUGCAGAGUGUGCUCAGCGCCACCCCGGCCGAAACUCCCACUUCCCCAGCCCCCACUGCUUCUCCGUCUACUGCUGCUGAGGGCCUCAGCGCCCCCUCCCCGGGCCGGGCCCUGGACAUCACUGUCGUCCAUCCUCCUCCUCUCCUCCCAGACUCUCCCCUUCUCCUCUGCAGCCGUCAGUCCCCUGCCCCACACAGCUCGGCCAGGCAGUCUGUCCCUGGGUCCAGGCUGCCUCUCCGUCUCUCUGUCCUCACGGCCUCAGCUCAGUACUUGUCUGCCGCCCAGAAGGCCCUCAAUAAAGGCUUCCUGGUGG